UCAGGAGAUCAGGAGCUACCCUGAUUACAACCACGUCACUCCACUUCCACUUCAGAUAUUUCUCAUCUGUAAGUGGGGAAACAAAUAAUGUCACUUACUCUAAGUAAAAUAAAAAGUAAUCAAGAGGACAAGUUUGAAGAUGCCUGUGAAAGUAUCCCUGUGGCAACAACGAUGAAUCUACCAUCUUCCUUGGAAGAAUGCACCACUGGAUUGUAUUUAUUUCUAAAUAAUAGAUUCUCAGAUGCAAUAAAUCUCAUUCAUCCAUGGUCUAAAAACAGCAUGUACCAUUCCCUAAUGUAUGGUAUCCUUAUGGUUGUCAAGGCCGUACUGACUUUUGAACCACAGGAUUUACAGAUUGGAAUGAUGGCUACAAAGGAUGCUUUGAAAACCUGUGACAAUUUCCGGAAAAAACCUAAAAUGACAUUGUCUCAUCUAGUAAGUAGACAGGGAAUAACGGCUAUCACAGAAGAGGAAUUGCAUGCAGAAGUCUGUUAUGCUGAGUGUUUGAUGUUGAAAUCCUUUAUAUCACUUAUACAGGAGGAGAGCAUGCUUGCUUUUCUUAAAAGCGGGAUCAGUGUUGGGUCAAGUUACCACAUAUACAAAGACUGUCAACAAGUAUUAACACAGAUCCCUGACAACCAAAGCAAAGCCCACAAACACCUGGUUGGAGGUAUAAAAUUUGGACUUGGAGCGUUCAAUUUGAUGUUAUCACUUAUGCCACCAAAGACACUUAAACUACUCAAUAUUAUUGGAUACUCUGGUGAUAGAGAAGUAGGCUUAGCUUUGCUUCAUGAGAGUGCAUCUGGAACCCAUAUAAAUAAUAUCUUAAGUCUUUUGAUUCUACUCUUUUAUUACAAUUAUGUCUAUGUAGCUUUUGGUGUUGAAAAGGUUUACAAUUCUGCUACAGAGGAUCUCUUCCUAGUCUACCUCCAGAAAUUUCCAAACUGUGUCAUAUUUAAAUUUUUCCAUGCACGUUCUAGUAUGUUGAAAGGAAAUUUUGAAAAUGCACAGUUAAAAUUACAGGAGUGCAUUUUUACUCAGAAUGAAUGGAAGCAGGUUCAUCACCUCUGUUACUGGGAAUUCAUGUGGUGCCACAUUUUACUGCAGGAUUGGAGGCAGGCUUACCACUAUGCCAAUCUACUGUCUCAACACAGCAGAUGGUCCAAGGCAAUAUACGUGUACAGUAAAGCUAUCACACUGGCUUUGCUUCCUUCUGAUUUUGUGAAAUCAGUAAGUGAGGAUAUGAACUCUCUCUUCUUAAGAGUGGAAAGCCUGAAAAUCAAAUUUUUAGGCAGUGCUGUGCCAAUAGAGAAGUUUGUUGCAGAGAAGGGUCAGCGCUAUGGCACUACAACAGGCUGGUUUACAGCCCAGCCCCUUCUGGAGUUCAUAUAUGCCUGGAGUGGUUUCCUAGUCAUGAGCAGAAAGAAUGAGCUUAUUUCAAGCUGGCUGUCGAUAAUCGACAAAGGAGAAGACCUUUUACAAGAAAAUCCACAUAAAGUGUAUGGCACAGAUGACAUAAGUUUAUUAAAUUUACUGAAAGGCCUAUGCCUGAAACACUUAGGCAAAUAUUCAGAGGCUGAGUAUUACUUUAAUUGUGUCAUUCAAAAGAAGAAAUUAUUAAAAUAUGACCACUAUUUGGUGCCAUAUACUUACUAUGAACUGGGAAUCUUACACUAUCUAAAAGGAGACUAUGACAGUGCAACAAAAAACCUAGACAACGUAAGAAAUUACAAAGACUAUUCCAUGGAAACUCGAUUACAGUUUAGGACUCACAUAGCACUUGAACAAAUAGCCAGAGAAAAAUGACUUAAACACAAAGUGUGGUUUUGUUUAGUAGAGGUGAAAUAUCUACAGUGAGCAAGUAAUUAACAGGUAGAAAAAUCAUAUCUUUGCGGAAAAAAUUCAAGAGGCGGCUGCCAAGAAUCUGAUCAGUAAUAAGAAAGGGGUGGGCAAUGACUUUUCCCUCUUUCUUUCUCAUACCUAUAAAAUGCGAUGUCUUAGAGGCAAAUGAGGUGAAGCACAUUCUUGAAAACGAAAAGGCAAAUUAUGUACAUUAAAAAUAAUUCUCUCCUAUGUUAUAAAUUCAUCAAUUAUGUUAGAGAACAUUUUCAAAACCUCAAAAACAUUUUUAACAUCUCACUAGAUGAUUUAUGCAACUCACUAUGCUAGGAAUCCCAGUGCCCUAUACGUAUUUUUAUUGAAUUGUUUUUCUCUCGGCCUUAGUGCCAUCUUCUUGGAAACCUUUGUGCCAUGAGAGCCAGGUGGAGGAAGACGUGAAUGCACAGGCUGAAGUGUAAAAGAAGAAAGAUGAGGCAGAAGUCCAAGUCAACCAGUAGCUUGUGUACCCAGAAACAUCGAAUGCCAGAGGCUGGAGAUGCUGGUACAAGUUGUUGGACUGCAUGCUGCUGUCUAAGUGGAUCUAGAGCUUCCAUCACCAUCUGAUCACGGAAACCACCUCUGAUACCCAUCUUGCUUGUAACCAAAACAGCCCAUUUGGUUCUUUGUCCUGGAACUGUGACAUUCUGUACUAUUUCUCUGUUCACUUGUGGCCGAGUAUAACAAGCAUACAAUAAAUCACCUCUUCUGCUGUCUUAGCUGAAGAAUGAAAAAAUUUUAAAAAAGACAAAUUUCCAAAUGAUGCACCGAAUGGCACAGACUCUGAAUGAUUUUCCAUUAUACACAAUCAUUUUUAUUGGCUUUUUAUACCAGAGGGGCUUGUCCACCCUGUGUGAUCAAUAGUAUUUCUUACCCUUUUUUAGUAAGAAGCAGAAUGUGAGUUUAUAAUUUGCCACAGGAUAGAGAAGAAAGCCCUCUCCUUCUUCUACACACACAUAAACUCUUUGAAGAUAACUGGGAGAGGCCGAGAAGAUAGAUGCAGUGGUGGUCAGAGGAAAAGUUUUGUUACCAUGUAAUCCUCCCUUUAGUUGUCCUCCCUGAGGUGUAAUUCUUAAUAAGACCAGCUCUUCAACAUAAUUAAACUGAUGGCAUCUAUCCAUUGUGGGUGGGUUUAUCUGAGAGUAAAUAGCAGCUGUAGGGAUGGGGCUUGGUAUUGUUUUACUUGCCUUAGGGAUAAAAAAAAUGACCUAAUUUCCAAGUCAUUAAGUCUGGCUAAGUGUGUCUUCCUGGUAGUCACCCUUUGAAACAGAAGUUGCGCCGGGUGUGGUGGCUCACGCCUUCAAUCCCAGCACUUUGGGAGGCCGAGGCGGGUGGA